GAGCGGCCAUGGUUGGACACACCGCCGUGUUGUGGUUGGAUCAGAUCACAGACUUCACAGAAACACUGUAGGUUAACUACAGUUCUGUGUGGUGGAUGAGCUGUUUAGGGGAAAGCUGAGAGAGGCACAUAUCAAUGUCUGGUGUUUCAAAGGCAAUGUCGAAGUUCAGGCUGGCUGUGGUGCAGCUGGCUGUCACUAAGGUAAAGUCUGAUAACCUGCAGCGGGCCUGUAGUCUGGUGAAGGAGGCAGCUGGCCAGGGGGCAAAGGUUGUGGUCCUGCCUGAAUGCUUCAACUCCCCAUAUGGAACAGGUUUCUUUGCAGAGUAUGCAGAGAAGAUCCCAGGAGAAUCAACACAGGCCUUGUCAGAGGCAGCCAAGGAGAGUGCGGUCUUUCUAGUAGGGGGAUCUAUUCCAGAGGAAGAUGGUGGAAAGCUUUUUAACACGUGCUCAGUUUUUGGUCCUGAUGGUAAGAUACUGGUCAAACACAGGAAGAUCCAUCUCUUUGACAUUGAUGUACCAGGAAAAAUACGCUUCCAGGAGUCUGAGACAUUAAGUCCAGGGUGCAGCUUAUCCAUGUUUGAAACGCCAUUCUGUAAAGUUGGAGUGGGGAUUUGUUAUGACAUGCGCUUUGCAGAGCUUGCACAGAUUUAUGCAAGGAAAGGUUGUCAGCUGUUGGUGUAUCCUGGUGCCUUCAAUAUGACCACAGGUCCAGCACACUGGGAGCUGCUUCAGAGGGCGCGGGCAGUGGAUAACCAGGUGUAUGUGGCCACCGCUUCACCAGCAAGAGACGAGACUGCCAGCUAUGUGGCCUGGGGUCACAGCACUGUAGUUAACCCUUGGGGUGAGGUGAUCACUAAAGCAGGGUCAGAAGAAUCUGUGGUUUAUGCAGAUAUUGACCUGCAGUACUUGUCUGAUGUGCGUCAGCAGAUUCCAAUCACAACACAAAGACGUAACGACAUAUACAGUGUUAGCGCUGUUAACGAGGGCUGAAUUGGAGUCGAGAAGCAAUUCUGUAGCUUACAUGAAGAUAAUACAGCUAAGAACAGAGGCACUGUCUACUUGAUUUGUUACGUCAGACUGUCGAAGGGGCACAGGUUUAGCCCUAUCACAAAACACCUAAAUCUCAGUGCAGUGGAGAGUUGAUCAUUUUAUUUAAAGUAUUUGUUAAAUUUAAAAUGCAGAAAUGUUGAUAUUUUACUGUUGUUUACGCAUCAAAUGUGGAUUUAUGGUGAGAUGUCGUUCACAUUGAAAAUCAUGGAUCAUUUUUGUACACAACCUGUAUAAUGAAAUCUGUAUUUAAAGUAUACUGUGAGGACUUGAAAUUUGCUUUACAAGUAUCAAUAGGAGGUUUAAUUUGUUAUCCAAAGAAUGCUUUUCAAAAAAAUCACUGAAGACAAUUUUUUACAGAAUAAAUGUGAAAAGACUGGAAAAAUGA